GAGCCAAUAGCAAAACGAAGAGGCCGGAGCGUCUGCUGUGAGGCAUCGGGUGGUGACCGGAGCGCGGAGAAGCAGGAAGCGGACGUAGAUCCUGGCGUUCGGCUUCUUAAUGUAGCGGCGUCGCCGGGAGCUGCUCCAGGGGGUAAUCUGUCAGCAGCACCCAGGAGAUCGCAGGCCCCCCGGGACCUUCACCAUGGGCGACAUGAAAACCCCUGACUUUGAUGAUCUCUUAGCCGCGUUUGAUAUUCCAGACAUGGAUGCGAAUGAAGCGAUUCAGUCGGGGCCUGAGGACUCGGAGGGACAAGGGAAACCUUCACUGGGGGAAUCGGCGAGUGGCGAGCAUGGACUUCCACAAAGCGACAUCUCCGCGGUCAGCGUGAUAGUGAAGAACACGGUGUGUCCGGAGCAGCCAGACCUGCUGGACGUUCACGGGAAGGAGGCAUCGGCCCCGGGGUCUCGACUCGUCCAGAAUGGAUUCAACAGCCCCGAGGUGUCUCGGACAUUGGUCGCCGCUCCUCCAGCUUCUAACGGAGGAGAGAACUGGACGCCUCGUGUGAAGGCAAGUAAGGCCUUGGAUCUGUUCACGGACUUCACUCCAGUGGAUGAUCCCAUUGACAGCCGCGUGUCGGAGAUGAUUGACAGGCCGCGAGACGUGAAACUGAAGGAGAGGCCGAUGUUUGAGCCUUCAGAGCCCGUUCUCUGUCCUCCGCCAGCUGAGUCAUCGGCGGAUGAAGGUCUGAACAGGGUCGUCCCUCUACCUUUUACCAUUAGUAAAAUUGCCGGCGGGCUGUGUCUGGGGCCCCACUCCAUCAAGGAGGAGCCGGGCGAAGAGCGUCCGGGGAGCCCUUCAGCGUCAAGAGAGUGCGCCUCUCCUCAUUCUUCUGGACCCCCAGUACCUGCACGGAGCAGUCCUGAGCCCAAGCCUGCCAUUGGUUCAGUCAAGACCCCUGAGAAACCCACCACCAUGAGCGAGGGCACAGUGCCCAAACCUCCGGCAAAGCCUGAAGCAACCAUGGAUCUUCCAAAGGACCUCAAAACCAGCACUGAACCUGAUGCCCCCAGUGUAAAAGAGGAACCGCACUGGAGCCCCAGGAGCUUACCCAGUGACCUCGAGGAAGAAGGCAUCAGCUCCCCAUCUUCAAACUCUUCAAGACCCCUCAAAGUCAGGAUCAAAACCAUAAAGACCCAAUCCGGGAGCAUCACCAGGACGGUCACCAGGGUGUCCUCCGACUCCGAUACCGUUACGUCUGUUCAGAUGUCUGAGGGCUCUCCUCAGCCGCCCGUCUCUGAAUCCAGCCAAGAGAACCCAACUGACCCAAAAGUAGAUGCUACCAUGUCGCCUCCAAAGGGGAAAGCCGAUCUUCCGAGUCCAUCGAAAGUGGAUGCUGCUCCGGUGAUGAAGCUUCCGCUGGGCAAUGGAGUGAAGCUGCAGGGCUCCAUACUGCCCGUGUCCACCAUCCAGAAUGCCAGCAGCAUCAUGCUGAUGGCAGCGAGCGUGGCGCAGCAGAAAGCGGUGGUCCUGCCCUCCAAGGCCAAUAAGGUCAUGACCAAGAACAUUAUCCAUCUGGUGCAGCAGCCCUUGUCCACCACGGCCCCCCUCACUAAUGUCAGUGUGGCCCCCAGCUCCACCAGCAGCCCACAACGCAGUGCCACGGUAGUCAUGGUGCAAUCCCAAAAACCUACCCCGACCGUGGCCGGCACAGUCAUCUCCCGCACACAGUCCAGUCUGGUGGAGAAUUUCAAUAAAAUCCUCAACAGCAAAAAUUUACUUCCCACUUACAAACCGAACCUGACUCCACCGGCAGAGUCCAGCCUGACGCUUCCCGUGUUCGGCUUCCGCUGCUUGGAGUGCGGAGACUCGUUUGCCCUGGAGAAAAGCCUGGCCCGGCACUACGACCGGCGGAGCAUGAGGAUCGAGGUGACCUGCAACCACUGCACCAAGCGCCUGGUGUUCUUCAAUAAGUGCAGCCUCCUCCUGCACGCCCGGAAACACAAGGACAACGGCCUGGUGAUGCAGUGCUCGCACCUGGUCAUGAGGCCCAUCGCCCUGGAGCAGAUGAUCGGGCAGCCGGAUGUCACGCCUCUCGUGUCCGUUGCUGUUUUGACGCCAGGAAAUGCAUCCACACCGGGUCCAGCCCAGGACACGGCAGCUACAGCCAGCCCAACCAGCGACUCGGCCAUCCUGCCAGAGCAGUCCACCUACUCCACCUUCCGGUGCCUGGAGUGUAAGGAGCAGUGUAAGAACAAGGCCGGGCUGGCCCUGCACUUCCAGCAGAUCUCCUCCACUGCGGCCAGCGGCAGCACGGUGUGUUCUCUGUGCCCCAUGAUGAUGCCAAAUCGAUGCAGCUUUGAAGCCCACAAGCGCAUGCACAAGCAGAGCCCCCCGAAUGUGUGUCCAGAAUGUGGGGGCAACUUCCGCAUUGAAAACUUUCAGACUCACCUGAAGGAGACCUGUCUACAUUUCUCACGCAGGAUUGGCUACAGGUGCCAGAGCUGUGCCGUGGUGUUCGGAGGAGUGAACUCCAUCAAGUCUCACAUUCAGACUUCUCAUUGUGAGGUCUUUCACAAGUGCCCGGUCUGCCCCAUGGCCUUCAAAUCUGCGCCCAGUGCUCAUGCCCACAUCUACACCCAGCAUCCAGGAUUCAACAAUCAACAGGCCAAGAUGAUCUAUAAAUGUGCUAUGUGUGAUACCGUUUUUACCCACAAACCUUUGCUCUGCUCCCAUUUGGAUCAUGCCCAUUUUGACCAGCAGCUGGGAAAUCAGAGGGUGAGCGUCUUCAAAUGCCCGGACUGCCCUUUGCUGUUUGCCCAAAAGCGCACCAUGCUGGAGCAUCUGAAGACGACACAUAACAGUGUGGUGAAGGAGGACCCCCCUCAGUCUCAGGAGCUUCUCACCCCCAAGCCUGAGCCCAUGGAGAUUCCCGUCAGUAAGCAGUCGGAUCCUGAACCGGAGGCCGAGGUAGAGGAGUCGUCGUCUUCAGAUCCACCGAGCUCCCCGGACGUGAAGAAGAAGAUCAAGACUAAAGAUCAACAGAAGCCUGGGACCCCCAGACAAAGGAGCAACUGCUGCACCUGUGGGAUCUGUCAUGCCUGGUUCCCCGAGAGAGAAGAGUAUGUGCUGCACAUGAAGAAGGAGCACGGAAAGUCUGUGAAGAAGUUUCCGUGUCGUCUUUGUGAACGCUCCUUCUGCUCGGCGCCCAGUCUGCGGCGUCACGUCCGAGUCAAUCACGAGGGAAUUAAGCGAGUGUACCCCUGCAGGUACUGCACGGAGGGGAAGCGCACCUUCAGCAGCCGCCUCAUCCUGGAGAAGCACAUCCAGGUGCGGCACGGUAUUAAAGUGACAGACCAGGCGCGGAGUCAGGAGGUCCUGGUGCCUCGGAACGGCAGUAAAUCGCAGGUGUCCUCGAAGAAACGGAAACUUUCAUCUGACGACUCGGGGAGCGACGAGCCCUUGAAAAGCAAGCCCGCCCUGCAGAAACCGAAGCGCAGCUUCCAGUGCCGAGCCUGCGGCUACAAGACCAGCAGCCUGGCCGACUUCCGGCAGCACAUCCCCCAACACUGCACCAGCGAGAGCUCCCACCAGUGCCGAGAGUGCGGGAUGUGCUUCACCUCCCAGAGCUCCCUGAGCCGCCAUCGCUUCAUGACGCACAAGAUGAAGGACGUGGCCGAGGAGGAGCCAGAGCCCACCCACAAGAUGGAGGAGUCCUCCGAUGGCAGACUCACCUGCCAGGUCUGUAAUAAAAGCUUCGACAGUCAGCUCAACCUCAACACUCACUUCCGCACACAUGGUAUGGCCUUUAUCAAACAGCGGCAGAGCAGCGGAACGGACAACUGAGGGAGCGGGGGUGUCGGGAUUACUCAGGGGGUGCCCACACCCUCCUAGAGCCAGAGCAAUGGUUACAAAACCCGUGAAGUGCCUUAAUAUCAUGACACAAAGCAUCCCACCAAGCACAGAGCCCACCCUGACCAUCCCAGGGUCUCCUCUACGAAGCGUCUGGCCACUGAACCUAGCUCCGCGGGGGCGGUCCUUAUAGAUAUGUAAACUACAUUUCGUAGAAAUAUGUCUAUUUUUCUGCUCACGUCUCCGGGGUCGCUGCUCUAGAUUUGGGACAUUUUUUACGCUUCUGCCCUGGGGGAGGGGGUCUUAUUUAUAUGUUGUGACUGCUGCUUCCACUAUGUUCUCUGUGAGAGCUGUAGGAAGCCAUUUUAUCUCAGCUCUUCCCCAGCGGGGGGGGCGCAGCUGUGUCCUCCACGUCUUGUCAGCCACGGAGCCAUGUUGUAUGGGGUGUCUCCUCAGGACAAGCACAGGAAUCCAUACUAGUCAGUAAUAUACACAGGGUGGCUCAGGUGACCCCUGCUCGACAGCUCCUCCUUGGGGGGGCUUCCCAUUGUAAAUGGUUUGCAAUUUUGAUUUUACUACAUGAAUUUUUUUUUAUAUGAGGCUCAACCAAUCGUGUACAAGAAAUAAAGGCGGCUUCCCACGUUUCCAGGGUGAAUGUGUGAUAAAAGCACGGCUGGCUCCCUAGAGGCGCCCACCCACCCAUAUACUCUCCUCAACAUUGAGAUCACAACACCAAGAAGGAGAAACUGUAAGAUUAUGUAAAUUGGUGGCAAAAAUUUUAGCACCUAGCUCCAAUCUGUGGCUGGUGGGAGGGACAUAAAAGCCAGAUUGAAAGCAAAAAAUGUUUAACCACUGGAAACCUGAGAAGUUGGAUCAGGUUGUGUGUGGUGAUUGUGCGAGGCCUCCUGUUCAUCCAUGUGCGGGUUUACACUACUUGUUGUCACACUGAGAGGGACAGAAUCCUUCAGCUGAGAGGCCUUGGGUUAUCACUCCGGCAGAUCACUACGCACUGAGGCCAAGAUGUCAGCACUGCUGGAUGUUGUGUGUCCUGGUGGUUGGGAGAAGUACGAUGAAUUGGAAUGACAGGGAGAGGAGAACCUCUGCCCGGACGGAUCGUCUGAUUAGAAGAAUGGCGCCUAGUGAUCAGUUCUGUACAGCAGGUGAAGUUGUCACAUCCCAAGCCUAGGGCGGCAAGCAGCAUCUACACAAACCGUCAGGAGGCAUCUACACGUCAUUGGCUAGAGGUGUCCACUGACCUCAAACCACCGAUCUGAAAGGCUAUAAUGAUGGCAAUGGAGGUCCUUACUCUUCAGGGAUGAGUCCCGAAUUUAUCUUGGAUGCAGUGAUUGCUGCAGAGUGGUCUGGAGACCACGUGGCCUUCACAAGAGAACAUCACACUGGUCCUACUCCCAGGAGUAAUAAUGUAUGGUGGCCGGACCCCUCUAGUCUUCAUUUCAGGUAAAUACAUUGAUUUGGUCACUGGAGAAAUGGCUGGACCCCUGCUGGUUGAAAGUGUCCCAGGAGCCAUUUGUCAGCAGGACAAGUCCAGGCCGCAUGGUCUAAGUGUGUCACCAUGCCCUGCAGCAUCUCCAGACUUGUCUCAUCAAGCACAUCUGGGACAUCAUUAGUCGCCAAUUGCAGAGGGAGCUGCCAGCAGCGGAUCUUGAUGAUUUGUGUGCCCAAGUGCAUUCAGCGUUUCAAAACGUUCCUCAGACGACCAUCAAUAACCUCAUUGAUAGCAGCCAAAGUGUGAAGGCCGUGGAUUUCUACACGUUCAUACUCAUUACUGAAUAAAUUGAGAUGUUUU